CAUGUACCUGUUCGCUCUUUAUUGAGUCCCUCCCCCUCCUUCCCCUCCCCUUUCCUUUUCACCAGGACUCGCCAGCCUGCAUGGAUGGGGCCGGCUCCAGUCUCAGCUCGUCGGUCGUACGGUACUUCUAUCUGAAGCAGGUCACAUCGUACGCGGCCACUUCUUCGAUGGUCUUGCUCCUGCAAGAGUUCUUGUCAUCUUUCAGCCAGGAGGUGCAGCUCGUCUGGCUCUCACCAUGGUCGUCGUCCAAAAUAGUGUACCUCGUCAACCGGUACUCGUCCAUCCUGAUGGCCUCCACGUACUUGCUCACUCUUUUUUUCGGCGCGCACACUUCCGCCAGGUGCGAGGUUCUUGGAGUCAUAAACGGCUGGCAGUCUUGGAUCAGUACAUCUUUGGUCCAACUAGUCCUGCAGAUUUGGCUGUAUGCUCUGUACAAUCAUAAUCGACGACCCCUCUACGUUGUCAGCUUCGUUUAUGCCGUCCUCACUUUCGCGGUAUUAGCGACCGUCAUGCCUUUUGGUGGGAAGAUCCGCUUCGUUAUGUUCUACCCGAUCUGUGUUCAGGCUCUUGCUUCCAGUUCUGGGGAUUCAGAUGAUUCGCCGACACUCCAGGUUGAUCUCGACAGCACGACCAAGUUUCCGGACUGGAUCCUGGGUCUCGUGUUGACGUGGUCCAUGUUCACGGUCCUUCUCCUGGUGCUUAUUGCGUACAAGGUGUGGCGAACCUUUCGGCGGCAGGCCCUCCCUGGAGGGCAUGACGACGAAGGUGGGGGCCUCGCCUACAUCCUUGUUCGCGAUUCACUUUGUUACGGUGGCAUUAUCUUCAUGGUUGUUCUUACGAAUGUAGCGAUGACCAUCUUCGCGCCCACGGCCCUGUACCCGGUUGGUUACGGUUUCGGCGUUGUCCUGCCCUGCAUCCUGAGUUCGCGGAUACUGCUCAACCUCAGGGAGUGGGAGAAGUACAGAGAGGACCGUGUCGAUGUGCAGGACGUGAACCUUAGCGAGUGGCCGACCAUGUUCCAUCUCACGGACCACCACCACCACUCGGACUCGAGCGAUUGAAUACAAUUUAGUGUUUUUGGAGCGUACCUUGCGUCGCCGCUUCGUCCGCUGCCGCCGGCGCUGUCUCCCGCGGGAGAACCACGCAUAGCCUGCCGCGCCGAUUAGGUGUGUCAACAUGCCUGUCCCGUUAGCGGCGCUGUCCAUUCAAUUGCUGCGCCUGCAGCAACCACGGGGGUACCCUUCACGCACGCCGACGUGGCGUCGAAGCCCACAAGUGACCCCGAAAGCAAGAUUGACGGCUAGUACCCCGGGUGCGAUUGUUCAAAAGGCCAUAAGCGGUGUUCCUGGGCAGCCGUAGUAGUGCCGCACCGUUUCCUGCUGACAACGGCAUCAACGAGGCUUGGGCAGGAAACCCCGCCAAUCCAAGAAGCGUUAGCGAGCAGGAGCACGGACAUAAUCACGCGUAGGCGAGGGUAGAGCGCUAAGGGUCAGUCCACCGUGUACAAUUUUUUUGCUCGUACGUUUUCCGAUAUGAUAGCUGUUGUCGGUACCCCCUGUUGUCAAUAAACGUCUGUGUCCC